AUGGCCGACUCAACACAAGGUGACACGCACGACAAGGCGUGGGAGAAAGCUGAGAAGAAGUUUGCACACAAACAUGCCAGCCAAUAUUACGAUCCAUGCCAGGACUUCGCGGAUCGGAGUCUUAAGUGCAUGAAGCGGAAUGGCUUUGAUCGCGAGAUGUGCCAUGAUUACUUCCAGUAUGUUCAUGACCCUUUAAUGCAUCUGGUCGCUCGUAGCAUAUCGCGAUUGCAAAAAGAACUGGAUUAA